AUGCCAGAGUGUGGGAUACCUGCCGAAGAAGCUGUGGGCAGCAAGCACAGCCCUCUUGUGGUGCUGCUGAAAAAUAGAGGUGGGCUCUGCCUCAGUAUCUGUGUUGGGGAGAGCGGAGACAGGCUAACCCCGGCAGCCAAGGUGUUGGAGCAGCUCACAGGCCAGACACCUGUCUUUUCCAAAGCAAAGUACACCAUCAGGCCCUUCGUCAUCAGGAGAAAGGAGAAGAUUGCUGUUCACUGCACUGUCCAUGGAGUCAAGGCAGAAGAAAUUCUGGAGAAAGGCCUGAAGGUGCGGGAGGAUGAGUUUCGGAAAAAUAACUUCUCUACUGGGAACUUCAGCUUUGGGAUUCAACAACACAUUGACCUGGGCAUCAGAUAUGAUCCAAGCAUUGGGAUCUACGGCCUGGACUUCUAUGUGGUGCUGGGCAGGCCAGAUUUCAGAAUUGCAGACAAGAAGUGCAGGACAGGCUGCAUUGGGAUCAAACACAGAAUCAGCAAAGAGGAAGCCAUGAGCUGGUUCCCGCAGAAGUAUGAUGGGAUCAUCCUUCCUGGCUGUUGUAUGAGCUGUGGUGGGCUGCAUUCUGGCCCCCGGCUCCCGCAUGGCUAG